AUGCCGUCCUCGAGAAUGAGCGUCGGCAUGGAAGGACGACGUGCCUCUGCGAUGGACGCUCAGGGAACCUCCGAGAUCCGGAUCGAGGCCAAGUGGCAGAAGAAAAAAUGUGGUCUGCUGUAUAAGCAGUUCCUCCCGUUGGCCUACUGCUUCCGCUCGACGGGUUGUCUUUUCAUAGAAGGAUUCCACCGGAAGAAUGACUCACACGACCUCCGAGUGCGCAGCGAUGGCUGGUACAUUUUGUACGCGAUGUGUGUUCACCUUAUCGUGUGGGGCGUUCAUCUCGUGACUCGCUGGAGGAACCUUCAGACAUCGUUGAACGAAUAUUCGGACCGCGGGGUCAGAGUUCCGAUCUCCUUCUACACAGCGGUGGCCAUCAAUCUGGUGGUCCUUCUUCAGGUCGUCAUCAAUACCGGCACUAUAUUCGCCAGAGGAUCGACGAUACGGAAGGUGAUGGUUCGCGGUGAGGUCUACGAUCGGAAUCUCAAUGUGACGCGUAGAGACUGUCCGGAUAAAGGUCGGCACUGGAUUCAGUUUACGCUGUCGUACGGCUUCGCCAUACCUUUGAACGCCAUAUUUUGUUACGUAUCAUCAAUCAGGCCGUAUAGGAGCUCCGACCAAGCUCUGUGGCUAUUUCUCAACGUAAUCGACAUCCUCAGUUUGAUGAUCUUCUGCAUGUGGGCAAAUGCCAGUCGUCUGAUGCUGAAGGCAUUGUCACAUAUAUUUUGGAUGUAUCUACGCCGUAUCAACACCAGUGUACAGACGGUUCUCCGAGGUGAGCGGGACGGCGCCAAGGAGCUGGAGGAAAAUCGACUCUUCCUCUGCGAAUUCUACGGUAUACUCAGUCAGACGAACGAUCUCCUCAAAUACUCUGUCCUCGUGUUUUACCCUUGUACAAUGCUGGUGCUGACCGUGUUGAUCUACUCUUGCAUCGAGUCGAUCCAUGAGACGUGGCAGAUCUGGUAUGCGCUUUCUUAUGGCCUGUACAGCGUGAUCGACGUCUGUCACAGCUCUUAUGUCGUCCACGUCAUGCAGUGCGAGGCCGUCGAGAUUCGCAGCAACGUCAAUAGAGCAGUCUACUCCGGAAGGAGUCCGGAGUUUGUCGCCCAGGCACAACUCUUGCUACAGGCAUUGGAUGUGCCCGCUAUCACUUUUACGGGCUGCGGCUUCUUCAGAAUCCGCAUGUCUCUCGUAGUUACCGUAUUGGGCAGUGUGCUCACGUACGCGGUAAUACUCAUUCAAACAAGCCAAGGAUUCCAGUGCGGGGCGCAAGUCUCCGUUCCGUGA